GGUAAUUCGUUUUUAGUUGAAUGAAAACCUGCUGACAAGAGCGUUAUUCGAUCUUUUGAGGCCAUUUUGCCUCGGUUUUUGAAGGGUUGAGCUGAGAACUGUGGGGUCAAAAUUACCAAACAAUCUUUCGAUAUAGGACUAACGUAAUGUAUACAUGGUCUGCCUCUGCUUUAGAAUCGUGGGUAGCUGUUGGUUUUUGAAUUUGUUUGUCAGAGAGAUUAGUUUACUCAUGUAUCCAUCUUGAACUGUCGUAGUUUCUGCUACAGACGAGGAAAAGAUUCGAUUUUUUUUCAGCUGGAAAUAAAGAGUUGAUUAUGUGCAAGUGUUCUGCAACUUGAGUUUUGCCGUGCGAAAUCUAGGCAAACCGAACAACCUCCGUAUAGUCUGUAGUUCCUCCAAUUAUCUGGGAUGCUCAUGGUAUAGGAGAAAAUAGAGGAAAUAACAGGGUCAAAUGGCUUUUUCCCCUGGGUGUUUCGAGAAAUUGCUCGGAAAAGCUCUAUCUUUUUACUGAUGGUUGAAAAGUCUGUGAUUUAAACCUGUGUGCAGUCCCGGACUUGUCACUAGAACCAAGAUACAGUUAUAGCACUUCUUGGUAUUCUCAUUUUGACAUCUAUCAAACUAAAGUAAAUCGUGCAAUGGAGAUGAAUGGAUAUUUUUUAGUGUACUUGCAGUUUUCUUUUUGUUCUUUCUUUAUCAUUUUAAACUCCUAAUUCAUCAUAAUUGUGUUCUGUGGCCAUGUUGGUUUCCCUGUUUCUGGUUUAUGUGUCUUUUGUGUUACAUAAAUUGCCGUGUAGCUCUGUUUGUUUUCUCCUCCUAUUUGGCUGGAUCAAAAUGCAGUCUUCUGCUCGGUUGAUACAGCCACAGUGUUGCAUUGUUCAAUCUUUUUUAACUUGCUGACUGGUAGCUCUUCAAUUUAGUGUUGCUUUACUUCAUGCAUCUUAUCAAAUUAGGUGCUUUGAUUUUGUCUGUACAUCUUUCCAUGGAGUAUUAACCAUGCCCCGGAGUUUCACUUGUAGAGUGAAUAGUAAUGCUUUUGUUUUCUGGUUUUUCAUUUUUAGUUCUUCCUAUGGGAUUCAACCAUUCCCUACAUGUUACGUCUGUCUUCCAACAAUUUGGUCCUCACAGUGGGUGUCUACUGUUCAUAGCUAUCACUUUAGUAAAAGUUAAUUUUGUUGCAACAUACGGACUAUAUGCUGGGCUAUUAAAAGCCAGUACUUCAUUCUCUCUUUCUAGGUUCUUGUAUGUGUGGGUGGCUGCUAUUGUUGGUGCCUUUUUCUUUGCAUCAGCAUAAAUACACGCUGACUUACUUUGGUUAGCUGCACGCUUGAAGUAUCCUUCUGCCUCUGCACUCCCACCCUGUUCUUUGCUUAACUUUUUCUUCCUAUUUAUAUCAGUUUGUCAAUUAAGAGGAUUUGAAACUGAGCGAAGAAUAGACCUGCAAACAUGAAGAAAAUGAUAGCCCUUGGUUUCGAGGGGUCAGCCAACAAGAUUGGCAUUGGGGUGGUCACUCUUGAUGGUGAUAUUUUGUCUAAUCCACGUCAUACCUACAUCACACCUCCUGGACAAGGCUUUCUUCCACGAGAAACCGCUCAGCACCAUUUCCAGCAUAUACUUCCUUUGGUCAAAGAAGCUCUAAAAACUGCACAAGUGACUCCUGAUGACAUUGACUGUCUAUGUUACACAAAGGGUCCAGGCAUGGGAGCCCCUCUGCAAGUUUCUGCUAUUGUCAUUAGGAUGCUUUCACAGCUGUGGAAGAAACCGAUUGUCGCUGUUAAUCAUUGUGUGGCACAUAUUGAAAUGGGCAGGAUUGUGACUGGUGCUAAUGAUCCCGUUGUGUUGUAUGUAAGUGGUGGAAAUACACAGGUAAUUGCCUACAGUGAGGGAAGGUAUCGUAUUUUUGGAGAGACUAUUGAUAUUGCUGUUGGAAACUGCUUGGAUAGAUUUGCUAGAGUCUUGACACUGUCCAACGAUCCUAGCCCUGGAUACAACAUUGAGCAGCUUGCCAAGAAGGGAGAAAAAUUCAUUGAUCUUCCUUAUGUUGUCAAAGGGAUGGAUGUAUCUUUCAGCGGAAUCUUAAGCUUUAUCGAAGCUACUGCUGAAGAAAAGCUUAAAAAUAACGAGUGCACCCCUGCCGAUUUGUGCUACUCUCUACAGGAAACACUAUAUGCAAUGCUCGUGGAAAUCACAGAACGGGCAAUGGCACAUUGCGACAUAAAAGACGUUUUGAUUGUUGGCGGCGUGGGUUGCAACAAGCGGUUGCAAGAGAUGAUGAGAGUUAUGUGCUCAGAGCGAGGUGGCAAAUUGUAUGCGACCGACGAUAGGUACUGCAUCGACAACGGUGCCAUGAUUGCAUACACCGGACUCCUCGCUUAUGCUCACGGGACAUCGACGCCAUUAGAGGAGUCGACUUUCACCCAAAGGUUCCGUACGGACGAGGUGCACGCGAUCUGGAGGGAGAAAGAGGAGUCGAAGAAAGCGAAUGGUACUGAAGAGUAGAUGAAAUUCCUGGAUUAGUUUUACACAGCCGUAUUUAGCAGAAGAAGACUAAAACUAGGAUUCCUAUUCAAUGCAACAGCCUUAAUUACAGAAAGAAAUGCUGUGCAUUUAUGCAGGAUGUUUACUUCAGCUUGUUGCACUUGCUUGAUAAACAAUUAUUCAUCUCGACUGGUGUUUACUCCAAA